GAAGAGGAGAAGUGUACUGUAGAAAUUGAAACAACGGGUUGUGUUGAUAAUCGAGUCGACGGCUGUCUGUGAAAUCCAAGAUGCCAUACCUUAGGGACCUCCUUUUAGUCUCCCGAAAACAUGUUUAACAUGUGUGCAAAGACACCAAUGAAGGCAAGUGCCCAGCUAGGUAGCUGGGAGUGAGGAUGAGCACACAGUUUACGUCAAGAAACGUUUGGAAGUGCACGGAUGAGGAGUCUUGAUGUUCGGGACUUUAGAACAUCAGCAAGGACAAGCCAGGAUGGGCGAUGCGUUCCAAGAAUACAGGCAAACAACAUGCAUUGUAACAGAGGGCCGCUGCGGAACCUGGUCCAACUGAUCAAAGUAUAAAGGAGUUCACUAGUAAUUGUGAUAGUUGGCCAUCUGUUUAAAAUUCACUGCACACACUGACCAUUCUUUGCAUUCUUCAAACCAACCAUCUCGAUAGUAAAGAUGAACUCUGUCAAGGGUGGCACAGUUACCUGGCGUCCCCAGCCGUGGCAGGACGCGGACAGCGGGGGAGGGGAGCCCCUCUCGGACAGUGACUCAGAAGAGGAGGAUUUUCCUGAUGACAGCACGACGCCACUCGGGGACUACGUCACACAUGGCCUGAAGCAGUUGCUUGAUGCGCAGCAGCUGUGUGAUGUCACACUCCUGGUGGAGGGGAAGAGGUUCAUGUGCCACAGAGUUCUCCUGGCUGCAGUGAGCCCUUACUUCAGGGCCAUGUUUACAAGUCCCCUGGUGGAGUCCAGGCUGGCCGAGAUACGCCUUGAGGAGGUGACGCCCUCCGUCAUGGACACGGUCAUCCAGUUCAUCUACACGGGGGAGGCGGACCUCAGCCUGGACACGGCAGAGGACCUGUUUGUGGCGGCCAGCCGACUGCAAGUCAUGCCCCUGCAGGACCUCUGCUCUAGGUUUCUGUUUGAGCACCUGUCAGUGGACAACUGCCUGGGCAUGUACUCCUUAGCACGCUCUCACCACGACCAGCUGCUGCUGCGUGCCUCCUUGCGGCUGGUGGCCCAGCACUUCCCGCGCGUCUCCCGCCAGAAGGACUUCCUGCUGCUGGACCCAGGCACACUGGCCAGCCUGCUGGAGUCCGACCGGCUGGGCGUGGAGUCGGAGACGGAGGUGUACGACGCGGCCCGGCGCUGGGCCGAGCACCAGCCGUCGGAGCGCUACACCCACAUGCCGGCCCUGCUGCGUCACCUGCGUCCGGGCCUGCUGGCGCCUGAGGAGAGCCGGCGGCUGAACCAGGAGCUGGGCAGAGGGACGCAGGCCAUGGGAGGCCCGCUCAGGCCGCGAGAGGGGAUGUUUGAGAAGAAGAUCGUGUGCGUGGACCUGAAGCCGCGCGAGGACGACGCGUUGCGAGAGCACGACUACACGGUGGAUUGUUUCGACCCGCGCACGGGCAAGUGGGAGAAGCUGGCGGCGCUGGGAUCGCUGCUGUGCCCCGGCUGCACGGCCACGGGGGGCCGCCUGUUUGUGGUGGGCGGCAUCCUGCGCUCGGGACAGGUGUCGGCCGACGUGCACGAGUACGACGUGAUCGGGGACCGGUGGAUCACACGUGCGGCCAUGGCCCAGCCCCGGGCCAUGCUGGGGCUGCUGGGAUGCGGGAGCUCCUUGUACGCGCUGGGCGGCUGCAACCGGCAGGCCAUGCUGGACACGUCCGAGACCUUCGACAUGGCCACGCUCAGCUGGUCGCCGGGCCCACAGUUGCCGCUGCCGCUGCGCUCGUUCGCCUGUGCGGCGCUGCGUGGGCGCCUCUACCUGCUGGGCGGCGCCACCCUGGAGCAGAACCGGGCCGUGGUCCACGCGGGCGUGCUGAUCUACCACACGGCCACCGCGAUCUGGACGCGCGUGCCCCUGGACUCCGGCGCCACCUGCUUGGCUGGAGGGGUGGCUGUGCGCGGCGGCAUCUGCGCCGUGGGAGGGUACAUGCGCGACGCCGCCAAGUUCCUGGACGGCAACUACACGCAGCUGGAGCCGCUGGACGCCACGGGCCGCGUGCUGUUCUUCCGCGAGGGGAGGGGCUCGGGCCAGGAGCGGGACGUAACGCCUGGGCAGGACCGCGGCGGGGGCAGCGACCGGGCCCCCAGCCCUGUAGUGUUCCCGGGACUGCCACGGAGGAUCGCGGCGGGGGGCGUGGCGCGGUGGAAGCGCAGGAUCUACGUUCUCGGGGGCGAGAACGGCUCUCGGUUCUACGACAGCGUGUACUGUUGGAAGCCCGGCUGGCGCAGCUGGGUGCAGAGGCGGGAGAAACUGCCGGGCGACACGGGAGGGGUGAGCCAGUUCGGCUGCACCACCCUCAAGUUCCCCAAGAAACACAUCCUGGCCCGGCUGAGGUCAGCACAGGACAAGAAAGCGGAUCGUAAAGGGGAGGGGGAGAGGACAAGAGGGAGAAGGAGACGACGCAAUCAAGACACAUGAAGUCUUUCAUUGCAGAUGGAAACUUUUUUUUUAGAAGUUGAAACUCACUGAUGGGGCUUGACUGGUGAAAAGAGUAACCAAAAAAUGUAUCGGUUUGGAUUACUAAUUUGAGAUGUAGUUGCUUUUUUGGGAUUUUUUUUUUAGAAUUACAAUGACUUCUUUUGCCUGGGUAAUUGUGCUCCAGUUUCAGAGCAAAAUUUAUGGAAUGGAUUGUAAAUGUUUUUUUGUUUUGUUACAAGCGCUUGAGUAUUGCUUAGGGUUAAAAAAAUGCUUUGUUAAAAAACACUGUGUCUUGCACAUUGGCACGCUAAUACAAAGACUUGCCAAGUAAUUAUUUCAACAUUUUCAUCAAAAUGUAUCUUAAUUAUUCACACUAAGUUGGCGGAAAUGUGCCACAGACUUAUUGAAUUGGAUUUUUUUUUUUUUUAAUUAAGGAAAGUAAAACGAAAAGUAAAAAAACGUUGGAACAGUUUUCAAAACAAAUGAUUUUUAAUUAGUUAUGGCACUGUAUGGUUUUGAGUUUUCCAUUCAGAUGGCAUUCUAAAAUCACGCCUCAUGAAUUAACAACAGGCUGUGCCAGCAUCAUUUUUUUGUCUAUGUAAACAUUGCUACAGUUUAUUUCAAACUGGAGAAAGACCUGUGUAAUAAAUGCAGAUUUUGCAUAUAAA